AUGUUCCAGUCCCAGGCUAGAAGUCCCGGGCAGUCAAUACCCAGGCGGAUUACCGAUAAGCCAUACGACAAAUUGGAAGGGUUCCAGUCCCAGUUCCAACGGGACCCAUCGACAACCACCAGUGCGGUCCAGAUCAGAAAGCGAGCAGCAAUUGACCAGGCGGAGGAGCGUACUGCCCAGCGGGCACAGAUUCGGCAGACAGCGAACCAGGAGUUCCAGCGUCAGGACUAG